CUAAUCUCCAAAAUUGCAGCCAUGAAACCGUUUCUGAUCUUAUUGACGUUGGCAGUUCUGUCAGCAAUGAUUCUUGCAUCUCCAGCAAAUCCAGCUGAUAAAAAACCGAAUACAGAUGCAAGCAAAAAACAAGAAGCUUCCAAACCAGAACCUCAAGCAAAACCACAACCAAAUGCUAAAGCAUCUCCUCCCAAUGGUACUAACAAGGACACUGCAAAUCAAAAUUCACAGGCAAAAAAAGCAGCAAGCAAAAAGGUAAAGUCAUCCGAUCAAAAGAAACCUCCGACAGGCAAAGGAAGUGAAGAUAAACAAGCACCACAACAGAGCUCUACUGACAAGCCAUCCGAAAAACCGACGAAGCGAUUUGUUGCCUUCAGAUCUCACAUGCAGUAAUGAAUCUUUUGGACUAUUGUGCUUCUUUUAAUCAGUAA